AUGAAGCCGCAGACGCAGCUCCUCCUCCUCCUGGCCUACAUCGCCGCGGCGCUGGUCAUGAGCCGCGGCGUCCUCGCCGGCGCCGGCACCCAUGCGGCGAUGCCGGUGCGCACCGUCGAGGACGACGAGGCGGGCUUCACGGAGCGUGAGGAGGAGGCGGCGUACCCACAGAGGAGGGUGCUUGCUUACAGCCCCCAGUACAUCGGCUACGGAGGGCUGGAGGCGAACAAGGCGGCGUGCUACGGCUCCUGCCCCGGCCGGGGGCAGCCCUACACCGGCCGCGGCUGCAAAGCCAUCUUCGGCUGCCGCGGGCGUUGA